GGGUCCUACAGGCCGUCUCAGCUGGCAGGGAGCCCGGCCUUAAGCAAGUGUCACCGGCAGCUGCUUCUCAUUCCACACAGGAUGGAUUCUGCAGGAGACACCUACCGCCCCAGUGACCGACGCGACCGCUCCCCUCGUCGCCGUUCUCGCUCCCCGCGACGCUCCCGACGCUCCUACUCACCUCGCAGCCGCUCUCGCAGCCGAGAGGACUACCGUCGCACUGAACGCCGCUCGCGCUCCCCCAACAGCGGUGCUCAGGGUGCAGGAAGCUACCAGUCGUACGGUGCCAGCAGAGGUGGCUCAUCGCGACCCACUGAGAACAAGGGCGAGAUGAUGCAGAACAUUAGGGAUUCUUCGCAACAAGACCGUCGCGUCUACGUCGGCAAUCUCUCGUACGAUGUCAAGUGGCAUCACCUAAAGGACUUCAUGCGCCAAGCUGGAGAGGUCCUCUUUGCAGAUGUCUUGCUACUACCGAACGGAAUGUCAAAGGGCUGUGGCAUCGUGGAAUAUGCAACUCGGGAGCAGGCGCAGAACGCUGUUGCAACGCUCAGCAACCAGAACCUCAUGGGACGCCUCGUAUACGUUCGCGAAGACCGAGAGGCCGAGCCUCGAUUCAGUGCCCCCGGCGGUCGUGGUGACUUUGGCGGCGGUAUGGGUCGCGGCGGCUACGGUGGCUUCGGUGGUAAUAAUGCUGCUGCUGGAGGUCCAACCGGAGCACGACAGGUCUACGUCUCCAACCUUCCCUACAACGUUGGCUGGCAGGACCUGAAGGACCUCUUCCGCCAGGCUGCCAACAAUGGUCAAGUCCUUCGCGCUGACGUUCACAUUGCACCUGAUGGCCGCCCAAAGGGUUCCGGUGUGGUUGCAUUCGAGACACCCGAGGAUGCCCGGAAUGCCAUUACCCAGUUCAACGGCUAUGACUGGCAAGGCCGAAACCUCGAGGUUCGCGAGGACCGCUUUGCCGGCGCUCCUGGUGGAUUCGGCGGUCGCGGAGGCUUCGGAGGCCGCGGCGGCUUUGGUGGUGGCUUCCAGGGCCGUGGUGGCUUUGGUGGUCGUGGUGGUUACGGAGGCUUUGGAGGUCGCGGUGGCUUCAAUGGCGGAUACGGUGGUGGUGCCGGUGGCCCUGGUUUCGACCCCAACGCCGCUCCUCCUGCCCCGAACCCAUUCACAGACUUUGCCACUGCAGGCGGAGAACCCAGCAACAUCAUCUACGUUCGCAACCUACCAUGGUCGACUAGCAACGAGGAUCUUGUCGAGCUCUUCACCACGAUUGGAAAGGUCGAGCGUGCCGAAAUUCAAUACGAGCCCAACGGUCGCUCUCGCGGAACCGGUGUAGUUGAAUUCGAGAAGGCUGCCGACGCAGAGACGUCUAUCGCCAAAUUCACUGGUUACCAGUAUGGCGGUAGGCCUCUAGGCCUUGCCUACGUCAAAUACACCAAUGUGGGCAACGGCGAUGUCAUGGAAGGUACCGAGCACACUGGCGGCCUGACCCAAGACCAGAUCAUGUAAUCGGUUGUUUCAUUCGCCGUGCAUCUAAGACACUGAGCAUCUACAUGACGAUACACGCACAUUUUUUAUUUGCUGUGGUCGCGAGCGCCUUAUCGGGAAUGAUUUUUUUCCUUUAUCUCACAUUUGCAUCUCUCCACAGAAUGGGAUCUGGAGAGAAUAUCUUGCGAGUCAGUUCUGGUAUCGGGGAAACACUGUAGGAGAACAAAAUUUCCUUGUCUACACUAAAAGCUAGCUGUUGAGAUGUAGCUAUAGCAUCGAAUGGGAACUUCGUAAGGCUUAUGCACAUGCCUUUGCUUGAUUGUUCUAUUUUUUGUGUACAAAUCUUGACUCAACUUGAAGUG